AGCAGUCAUACAAAAAUUAAAGCUUACCCGUUUCUUGCGCCUUUUUAGGGAUUUACUGGUUUUCAAUUCCGGGGACGGGGAUACUUUGUUGCCAAGGUCUUAAUUAUACGAUAAGACUAAACAUUGAUUAUUUAAAGCGUGCAAUAUAUAUAUUUUACUCGUUUUUGCGGAUAAGGUAGCUUGAGCUUUUAGGGGUUUUUCCAGAGGUUUUUACAUCGAAAGCGGUGGAUCUCUGUCAAAGAGGCAGAGGCCUACCUUAAGCAGGUUCCAUGGCAUCUCAACAGGCCCGGGAGUGGAUGGGUAUUCAGCAGUUUCCAGGUGCUACCCAGAGUGCACUAUACGGGUUGCUGAGUAAAUUGAAGCAAGAGGAUGUGAACUCUCUUACUAUUCUUGUUAUGGGAAAAGGCGGUGUGGGAAAGUCUUCAACAGUUAACUCUCUUGUCGGGGAAAGAGUAGCUGUUGUCAGUGCCUUCCAGGCUGAGGCAAUGCGACCUGUAUUAUGUUCAAGGUCAAGAGCAGGUUUUACAUUAAAUAUAAUUGACACACCAGGGUUAAUAGAAGGUGGUUUUGUAAACGAUCAUGCUCUCGACCUUAUAAAAAGGUUUCUGACAAACAAGAUUAUUGAUGUCCUGCUUUAUGUGGAUCGGUUGGAUAGUUAUCGAGUUGAUAACUUGGAUAAACAAAUUAUCAAGGCCAUUUCUGAUACUUUUGGAAAACAAAUAUGGCAGAGAAGCCUGGUGGUCUUUACACAUGCUCAGCUCUCUCCUCCAGAUGGCUUAAGUUAUGCUGACUUUGUUGAAAGGAGAUCAGCUGCAUUGCAUGAUGCAAUUCUUGAAGCAGCUGGGUUCAAGAAAUCUGAUAUCCAGAUGAAGCUAAUGCAGAUGAAGCCUUUGUUAUCUAAUAUACCUUUGAUAUCGAAUUCCUGCAAAAAGGGUGCAACAUUUGUAUCAAAUCUACCUUUGAUAUCAAAUGUUCAGAGAAAUAUUGUAACAUUGUCUGGGAAGAUUCCAGUAGUAUUGGUGGAGAACAGUGGACGCUGUAACACAAAUGAUGGUGGGGAAAAGAUUCUUCCAGAUGGUACAGUUUGGCUUCCUAAUUUGGUAAAGAAUAUUGUUGAGGUGGCAACAAAUGACGGGAAAUCAAUUGUGAUUGACAAAAAAUUGAUUGAUGGUCCUGAUGCCAAUCAACGAGGCAAACGUUGGAUUCCUGCUGUGUUGUUGUUCCAGUACUUUUUUGUGAUGAAGCGAAUGCUACGUGCCAUAAAGCAAGAUAAAAUUGCUGAAUGGAGGGGAAAUGAUUGGGUGAAAUAUUAAUGCCAUGAAAAGAGAUUGGAGAUACAUUUGAUGAUGAAAACAUUAGCUGGAGUUUCUGGACAAUGGAGCCACACAUCUGAUGUUUUAUAUUUAAUGCACUAUGAAGUUUAACUGGGCAGUUAAGACAUUUUUCCUUUCAAUUCUUAGGCUAUCAUUGUCAAAGUAAUAUAGUAUGGGUUUUCUGAAGUCAGUCAACUGAAGCUGUGCGGCUAGCUGUACGAAGUGCUGAGAAAUUUUGAGAUUUGUGAAUUUUCAUCGGAAGGGUUAACAUUCAACUCAUAGGUUGUUGUACAAGCUAUACAGAAUACUAGGUGUCAUGUUUGUAUUUUGACCAUGACUACUCAAAAUUUCACUCUAUUGGAAUUCUGUUUGUCUGUAGAACAAUUUACUAGCCUGUCACUGAUUCAAACUGUGGAAAUACUCAUUAUUCUUUUUUUCCCCUAAAAGAUCAGUUUUAUGAGUGCUACCAAAUUUAGUUAGUUGAAUGAAAGUAGCAAAAUAUUGUGAUUUGAUCCGUGUAGAUUUUUAUAUGCAAUUCAAAGUGUAACUUGUUGGAGAAUAAUUCUGUACUACAGACCUUAAUUUAUGAUCUUGUCUGUAUUUUUAUA